AUGCAAUUUCUUGCACACUUUUUGACAGAGUUUAUGCCGACAAACUCGACUAGUCUUCAAACAUUUUCUUACUUCCAAGAUUUGCCCCAGCACCAUGGCAGAAGCCCUUAUAUCGAUAUCGGCUCUGCGGCACUUAGCUUGGUCUAUUUAGGUCAAACUUAUGGCAAGAAGGAUCUGCUACACUUGAGUCUGGAAUAUUAUCAGUCGCUGCUUAAGGCGGUCCGUAUAGGUAUGGCUAAGCAACCCACGGAAGAUGUCAUCAUUGGUACGGCAAUUCUUAGCAUGUAUGAGGUUUACAACCCGCUUCAAACAUUCUCCUGGGCGAUCCAUGUGCGCGCCGCAUGUAACCUUAUUGCGACCCGUGGACCAGAAACCCCCAUUAACUUGGGUCUAUUAUGCUUAGUACGAACCCUGGGGUUCUAUGAGAGUAUGGGUCGUCGCAAAGCCACGUUUUCACUAAAUCCUCGAUGGAGCGAGAUUGUCCCGAAGAAUGAGCCAUUCGAACAACUUCUGAGCAUUGUCCUCUCUCUACCUCGGCUUGCGGAACUUUAUGAUGAAGUCGAGCAGACAGCCUCUGCAAAACAUCUGUUCCUUAGCCAGUUCAGGGCCACAUAUUCCAAACUUCGGCAGUGGUACCUCGAACUUUUGUAUAGUCAAAAGACUUGCACUUUCAAAAUUAGAGCGGCGGAACCUGGCGAACGAUUCUUUGUCGCAGACUAUCCCGAGCUCAUGGAUACAUUCCCAGAAGUCAUUAUAUUUUCACGCCGAUAUAUCUGCCAACUUCUUCUACUCUGCUGGACAGGCUUCUUUGUGUUGAAUUACGAGGCUUCCAAAUUUAUGAGAACAUUAAAGACCACGAUCGAGUACACCCAAGAUUCACGUCCAUCAUCGCCCGCCCAACAUGAAUGUCUAUGCCUUGAUCGCGAGUCUAUGCUCACCGAGUGGUCUGGUUCUUUGGGCCAGGGGAUGGACACGGAACUUUCCAAGGUCGAGGAGUGCACCGAAGUCUUUGCAGAGCGAAUAUGCCAGGCAAUAGUCUACGCAGACAUGUACACUCAUGCUUCUGCAAUGAAGCUGAUCCUCAUAUGUCCGCUGUGGAAUUUGCAGCAAUAUUUUAUCAACAAGAAAGACCGUCAGCGGUCAUUGUGGUGCCAGUGUGCUCUACAAAGCAUCCCAGGCGGCAUUGGUUCGGUUCUUUCGAAACUUUCGGUUCAACAGUAUCAGGCAAUUAGUGGCGGAGCUAGGUAG